CAUCGGUUUGCUCGAGUAAAUGGAAAAAGGUGAGUUACCUGUGGGACACGCCCUCUGCUCAGGUGGAACAAAUAGCCGCGUCUUGCCGACCUUUCACUGUUCACUCAUUUCUUGCCGUGCAGGAUGUUGUGAAUGUCUUGUGGUCAUGGACUGAGGGAGCAAGCGGCCCAGUGUUGUAAAUCCAACAAGGAGAUGACGAAUGAUGGAGGAGGCACGUGGUCCACUCCGGGACCCUCACCCGCUCCCUCCAGCCCCACCUGCUACAGGGGCACUCUCAUAUUCGGCCUCCUCUUCUUCCUCGGAGCUGGAGUCUUUGUAGGACUGCUUAUCGGUGAUGGUUUUCUUCAAUCCCGACAUCAAAUACUGUACAUAGAUAUCAUUUUGCAAUAUUUUUCGCACAUUUCUUGUCCUCUCUGUGUGCAUGUGAAUGCAGCGUACCUGAUACAGGAGCAGCAUGACUUCAUGGAGACAGUUGAGCUGAAGGGUCUCAAGCAUGAUCCGUCUCUACAGGAUCCAAACUCGGGCUUCUCCUUAGUACUGACAUCUGUACUAAAAUCAAAGAUCAAAAAUGUUUUCGCUUCCUCAUCCAUAUCGCAUCACUACGUCGACUGUAAUAUUAUUGCUUUUGGCAACAUGAAUGGUGAUGUGAUGGCAACAUUCAGGCUGGUCUUCGCGGUUUCCAAAUUUCAACAGUAUUCGGAAAACUUCAUUCAGGACCUGCUGAGGGCGGGGCUCACCUCGGUGAUGCACGGCAAUCCGCUGGAGGUUCCCCAGUUUGGACACAUCAAUGCUAUCGUCUUACUGGGUGCCAGUGGGAAGUCAUUUUACAAUAUUGGAGAUGAUACGCUGGGUGAGGAGAGUUGCCCCGAGAGCGCCUUUACCUGUGACAACGGCGAAUGCAUCACCAAAUUAAACCCCGAGUGUGACUUUGUAUCAGACUGUGCAGAUGGAUCUGAUGAAGCUCGUUGUGCCUGUGGCACACGUAGCGCCACGGGGAAUCGUAUCGUGGGCGGUGAAGAUGCCCGACAAGGAGAGCUGCCGUGGCAGGUCAGUCUCAGGCUGCAUGGGCAGCACACUUGUGGAGCCUCCAUUAUCAACGAAAGGUGGCUGGUCAGUGCCGCGCACUGCUUUGAAACCGCCAACAACCCCAAAGAGUGGACAGCCCUGGUGGGGGCCAGUUUGGUGAGCGGGGAAGAGUCUGAGUCCAAAACAAUCAACAUCAAAACACUGGCAGUGUCUCCAGACUACAACCCCACGACCACCGACGUUGAUGUGGCCGUGCUGGAGCUGGAGAGUCCUCUCACCUUCGGUCCCUACGUCCAACCUGCCUGUCUCCCUGCACCAUCUCACGUCUUUGCUCCCGGCCAGAAAUGCGUGGUGUCAGGAUGGGGAUCUCUGCACCAGUUUAGUUCUGAGAUGCCUUCCACACUGCAAAAGGCCUUGGUGAAAAUCAUCGACUCCAAGGUGUGCAGUAAACUGCCUGUAUACAGAGGCUCAAUCACUUCCAACAUGAUGUGUGCUGGAUUCCUGCAGGGCAAGGUGGACUCCUGUCAGGGUGAUUCCGGGGGCCCUUUGGUGUGCGAGGGGGCUCCAGGGAGGUUCUUCCUGGCAGGGGUGGUAAGUUGGGGCAUAGGCUGUGCCCAGAUCUACAGGCCUGGUGUUUACUCGCGGGUCACCAAGCUCCGCAGCUGGAUUCUGAGUCACGUAGACCCCAGCUCGAAGCAUUACUACCCCAACCAUGAGCUCAUUUUGCCGGUCACCGCUCCAGGCGCGAGUGCUUCUAAUUUUCCAUUUCCCAAGACAGUCGCCAUGGAUGUCGAAUCUGCCCCAGCACCUCCUGUCUCAAACUGCAGUGGAAACUUCCAGUGCAGCGCCACCUCCUGUAUCAACAAGUUAAAUCCAGAAUGUGACGGAGUCCCUGACUGCCCCAACCAGGCUGACGAAAGAAAUUGCGACUGCGGUGUGCGUCCCGCGUUGGGCGGCAAUCGGAUUGUGGGUGGUGUCACGGCUCGCAGGGGGGAAUGGCCUUGGAUCGGCAGCCUUCAAUUCCAGAGGCUCCACCAUUGUGGCGCCACUCUCGUGCACAGCAAAUGGUUACUGACUGCCGCGCACUGCUUCAAAAGUGAUCCCAGCCCCACCCACUGGGCAGUGAGCCUCGGCUCUGUACUGCGUUCCGGUGUGGGAGCCGUGGUCAUUCCCAUCCAGCGGGUCGUCAUCCACCCAGCUUUCAACGGCACCAGCAUGGACCACGAUGUGGCGCUGCUGGAGCUGCUCAUCCCGGCCCCCAUGUCUCACACCAUCCAAUCCGUCUGUCUCCCGUCACCAGCACACCGCUUCUUGGAAGACGCUGAGUGCUACAUCUCAGGAUGGGGAUCCAUGAGGGAAGGCGGUUCACUGACCAACCUGCUGCAAAAAGCACCGGUGAGCACCAUUGAGCAGGCGGACUGCCGGCAGUCAUACGGAGACAACUUGACUCCUCACAUGAUGUGUGCGGGUUACAUGGAAGGAGGCAGGGACACUUGUUUGGGAGACUCUGGGGGUCCUCUGACUUGUCGUGAGGGCUCCGGCCAGUGGUUUGUCGCCGGGGUAACCAGCUGGGGACAUGGAUGCGGCCGAGUAGGGUUUCCGGGGAUUUACACUCGAGUGACUUCGGUACGGAAUUGGAUAUCGUCAUACCUGCCUUUCUGAAGUGAGUGAGGCAAAAAUACAGCAGCUAAAACCAACACCGAGCCAAGUGGACAUGAUGACGUUCUUUAUCAGGUCACCUUAUUUGCCAUGACAUCAACCUCAGUCAAUGCAGUAUUGACUUGUGUGGCCUCGUGUGGUCAUGGGUGCUGUUUGUAACACUGUGCAAUCGUCUCAACUUUACUGGGCUAUCCUUUCUAUCGACAUGUACUGAAGAUACAAGGGCAAUCUGCAACUAUUGCUCCUAGGCAAUGGGAAAGCAAACUAGUGUUUAUUGCAUGUAUUUAUUCAAACACAAACCAAACUGCGAGGCCAACGUUCACUGUGCUGCCCUUUGCAGCUUAAAUUUUAUGAAAUUAGUAUGAUCCUCAAAUAGCUGAAAACAAAUAUGUUCCUCAUCUACUCAUUUGAAGAGUCGUUCUCAUGAAGGGAUAAUAACAGAAAACAGAGACACCAUGCUAAUUGCUGAGCUAACCUAUGACAUACAUAGAAUUGUAAAACACCGGAAUGAAGUGCUUGGGCGACCGAGUACACUUUUCACAGACGUCCUGCUGGAGCCACGUUAAAGCAGAGCACAUCCAACUUUGAACAUCAAAAUAGCAGGCAGUUUAAAGUGUUUUGGGAGAAAAUGAUACAAAACAAUGCUCCACACAGAGCCAAACAGGACCAGAAAUUAAUUAUAUGAUGUUUCGGCAUCCGUCAGGGGUGACCUACAAUAUCAAAGGUAUAUUAAUGUACUAUAAAAUAUUUAUGGUGUCAGUUUUGUUUUCAGUAGUGUCCAGAGUUUGGAUUUUGAGGUCUGCGCAUGAAAUGUUCUCAAAAUUAUAUUACAGUACACCUUAAAGUUUUUUUCCCUACAUCAAUAUAACUUUGCUGAAAGACAAUACAAUCCAUUGAAAAAUACCAAGUUAAAACUGAAAUUUAUAUUUGUAUUUGAAAUUGCUCCACUUGAAAAGUUUCUACACACUUGCAAAAUGUGAAUUGAAGAAAUAAAAACUGUUGAUCGUAUCAAAAAGAAAAUCAAUUGUUCAUUAGUUAUAUCAUCAUAUAUUUAUUGUUUAACAAAACCCUUGCUUCUGGUCUCUGGGAUUAACCUGCAAAAAACGGCUCCUCAAAAUUAGAAAGUUGCUCCUCAACUAAAAAAAAUAGACACUACUCAAAAGAAAAAGUCCUGUCAAGCCUAGCUAUAUGAUUCUGCUCCACCACAUUUAUACAGCAAUCUGCUUUCAAACCGCUCCCACCGUCAGACGAUGCAAUAUAUUAACA